CGACGACUCAUUUCCUUUUCCUGACAGAGCCACCCCACUGCUGCACGACUCCCGCCAGCCUCUCGCCCACAGCAGCGCAUACAUCCAACAUCUCUAACUACACACCAUGGGCCGCGUACUCCUCAAGGUUAUCAUCCUCGGCGACAGCGGUGUCGGCAAGACCUCGCUCAUGAACCAAUACGUCAACAAGCGCUUCAGCAACCAGUACAAGGCCACUAUCGGUGCCGACUUCCUCACGAAGGAGGUCAUGGUCGAUGACCGUCUCGUCACCAUGCAGCUCUGGGACACCGCCGGCCAAGAGCGCUUCCAGUCGCUCGGCGUCGCCUUCUACCGCGGCGCAGACUGCUGCGUGCUCGUGUACGACGUGAACAGCGCCAAGUCCUUUGAGACGCUCGACUCGUGGCGGGACGAGUUCCUCAUCCAGGCGAGCCCACACGACCCCGAGAACUUCCCCUUUGUCGUCCUCGGCAACAAGAUCGAUGUCGAGGAGAACAAGCGCCAGGUGACGCAGAAGCGGGCGAUGACGUGGUGCCAGUCCAAGGGAAACAUUCCUUACUUUGAGACGUCGGCCAAGGAGGCUAUCAAUGUCGAGCAGGCGUUCCAGACUGUCGCCAAGAACGCGCUCCAGCAGGAGCAGGAAGAGCAGUUAUACGUCGACUACCCGGAUCCGAUUCAGAUCGACCGGGAGACGUCCCAGAACUAUGGCUGCAAUUGCUGAGCGCUGAGCCGUCGCUCUGGCUUAUUAACGACCGUCUUCGUAUCCUUGUUUCUCCGCGGGACCCUCCUGUCAUAGGCCGCCUGUUACCCCUUUGUCUCCCUUUUUUCCUUUAUUUGCUGUAAUACAUGUCCGCACUAGACCUCGGGGUCGUAAUGCCAUGAUUUGUCACGAUUACAUGUGGACGAC